AUGGCCACGCAUGUUUGGCAGCUUCCUUGGGGGGCAGAAAAUGCCAUACGGAUCGGCACCUUCUGCUCUCCCAUAACUCGAGUACGGUCUCAUGGUGAUAGUACAGGUAAUCUUCGAUUAGCCAGGAAAGUAGCGCCCAAAAGAGAGUUUAGUGGUGCACGAAAAGCGCGCGUGCUGCGCCGGGCAGCGACGACGGGGUUCGGGAGCUCAAAAAAUCCUGCUGGCGGCAUUCUGCGGCGAGACUGUCGAUCACUGCGACUGCGGGGCGCGCCGACUCGAUUUUUGCAUUCCGGGGUAGGGCUGGUUGAUGACAAUAAAGAUGGCUUUGUCACCCUAGAGAAAAUUCAGUCCUUUUCACGCACAAACAAAAUCAUUGCCGAUGUUUUCCCUUAUGAAAAUCUUAAAAGAAAUGAGGAAAAUGAAAAGAUAAUUGAUGAGGCUUGUCGUGAUAUGAACAUUGAUUUUGAUAUUUUUCAAUACAAACCUGUAGUGAAUUUAAAAUGUUUCAAGUGUGAUAAGGGACAGCGUUCCAAGGACGGUAUAAUUUUAUGUUCUACUUGUGGAAAGUAUAUUAGGGAUUGUAUAGAGAGCGGUUUUGCGAAACGCCUUAAUGGGCAUUGGUCUCUUGAAAGAGAUCGUAAGAAACAAAAGGAACGAUUCAAAGAGUUUAUAAGGACAGAUUUACCGAGAAAAUUGCGGGUUAUGUAUGAAAGAGGCAAAUGUUGGAAGGAAUUUAUGGUUUUACUUUGGAAAAGCUGCAAAGACGACACGGCCUUUGGCUUGAAUGCAUUGAAUUUGCGCUCCGGGAAUCUUGUUCACUCAGUAGGGCUGGUUGAUGACAAUAAAGAUGGCUUUGUCACCCUAGAGAAAAUUCAGUCCUUUUCACGCACAAACAAAAUCAUUGCCGAUGUUUUCCCUUAUGAAAAUCUUAAAAGAAAUGAGGAAAAUGAAAAGAUAAUUGAUGAGGCUUGUCGUGAUAUGAACAUUGAUUUUGAUAUUUUUCAAUACAAACCUGUGUUAUUUUGUAGUGAAUGUGUUAAACAUUUUAUUGUUAAUGAAGGUGUGACGAAGUUAAAAUGUUUCAAGUGUGAUAAGGGACAGCGUUCCAAGGACGGUAUAAUUUUAUGUUCUACUUGUGGAAAGUAUAUUAGGGAUUGUAUAGAGAGCGGUUUUGCGAAACGCCUUAAUGGGCAUUGGUCUCUUGAAAGAGAUCGUAAGAAACAAAAGGAACGAUUCAAAGAGUUUAUAAGGACAGAUUUACCGAGAAAAUUGCGGGUUAUGUAUGAAAGAGGCAAAUGUUGGAAGGAAUUUAUGGUUUUACUUUGGAAAGUAGCUUUCUAG